AUGUUCCCGCCGACAAAAGAUGAACAAAUUGUCAAUGCUGCACUGAUAAUAUUCUUGGAUGCACUUACAAUUCACUUUGGUGAUUUUAUGUUUUGCAACUGGACAAUUCACCGAAAAGGAUUCAUUGCCAAUUUCACCAAGGCCAGCUUCGAAGCUCGGACGGAUGGAUAUCUGGAUGACGGCGAGGAGAAUGCUUAUGCUCUCAUUGAAGUUAAGCCUGCCACCCGAUCAAAGACACAGAAUCUUAUUCAGAUGCAGGAGAGCGCUCAAAUGGUUGGGUGGCUCAUAAAUGACUCUGAAGAGAACAACAUUGGCAAAAUACGAAUCCUUAUCUCACAGGGUCGGCACGAGAUUUUUCUAACGUUUGCUGAAUAUGAUGAUAGGUAUCUUGCGUAUCUCAAGAAUGAACCAUUCCAGGUUAAACCGUCCGAGACUGGAGGAUCCCAGAACGAAGCGUCAAGGCACCAAAUGUCUGCAUACCAAGCACCUGGCACUGGAGCCUCAUCCUUCCUGACCAUGCACCAGUAUGGUCCAUGGAAUACCCAACAGCGAACGGAUAUGGCAAGAUUGGGUCCUAUCCUUCUUGCUAUAACCCUUUACGCUGAAGGUGAAAUCCAAGCAAAAAAGAGAUCUCAGCGCAAGUAA